AUGCUCGGACGAGGCCGGGGGCUGGGUCCCCGCCCCCGGGGCACCGAGCUCACUCCGUGCUGGGGCAGCCCGGGGGUCGGGCGGGGGCUGCCCACCCCCCUCGGGGGCCGAGCGGGUGCUGAGAGCCCCGGGUGGGGCGGCACCGGCCCCUCCCGGCCGAACAAAGGGACGUUUCUUCGGGGCGGCGGGAGCCCGGCCCGCCCGUCCAUCGCCGCCUCCGCCGCGGAGGAAGCGGCCUCGGAUUUCAAUAACAGAGGGGGCUUUGAUGGGGCACGGCGAGAAAACACACCUCCGGCGGCGGGGCCGGAGCGAGAGGGGCGGGAGGAGCCGCGGGGCCCCGCGGGAGGGCGCGAUGAGGGCGGGAUGGGGAGCGGGAUGUGGGAUGGGGGAUGUGGGAUGUGGGAUGGGGAGCGGGAUGCGGGAUGGGGGAUGUGGGAUGGGGAGCGGGAUAUGGGAUGGGGGAUGUGGGAUGCGGGAUGGGGAGCGGGAUGCGGGAUGGGGAGCGGGAUGUGGGAUGGGGGAUGUGGGAUGCGGGAUGGGGAGCGGGAUGCGGGAUGGGGGAUGUGGGAUGGGGAGCGGGAUAUGGGAUGGGGGAUGUGGGAUGCGGGAUGGGGAGCGGGAUGCGGGAUGGGGGAUGUGGGAUGGGGAGCGGGAUGCGGGAUGGGGGAUGUGGGAUGGGGAGCGGGAUAUGGGAUGGGGGAUGUGGGAUGUGGGAUGGGGAGCGGGAUGCGGGAUGGGAAGCGGGAUGAGGGAUGGGGGAUGUGGGAUGUGGGAUGGGGAGCGGGAUGCGGGAUGGGAAGCGGGAUGAGGGAUGUGGGAUGGAGAACGGGAUGUGGGAUGCGGGAUGGGAAGCGGGAUGAGGGAUGUGAGAUGGGGAGUGGGAUGUGGGAUGCAGGACGACGUGGGAUGGGGAGCAGGAGGCGGGAUGCAGGAUGUGGGAAGUGGGAUGUGGGAUGUGUGGCGGGAUGCAGGCAGGACGCAGGAGGCAGGAUACGGGGCAGGACGUGGGAUGAGGGGCAGGACGCGUGGCGGUGUGCGGGGCAGGACGUGGAGCAGGACGCGGGAUCCGGGGCGCGGAUGUGGGGCAGGAUGCGGGAUUCAGGGAGGGAUGCGGGGCAGGAUGGACGCGGGGCAGGAUGA